AUGAUGCCUGAAGCCAUCAUAUACAUCGAGACGCCCUAUUACACAGGACAAGUAAAUGCAAAAUGUGUUGAGGAUCCACUCUACGAUUUAAUAUUAGGUAACAUCUCGGGUGUGAGAAAAGUAGACUGUCCCGACCCAGAGUGGUUAACAGAAACUAACGAGAUGCAUGGUCGUGAAGACCACGUUGUGGGCAAGACAGAGAGCCGUCGUGAAAAUGAUAGCAGGUUUCCAGCCGUGAACAACUGCUCUGUGCCAGAGCCAAAAGGUGGGGAACACCUAGUUACCGAAAUGGAGAAGAUACCCAGCAAACCUGCGCAGAUUGAUACUAACAUCUCGUUUGCAGUACGAUCUAAGAUGACUAACGAAACGGCAGAGAAACCGUUACCCCGACUAAAAACGCCGGUCAUAAGGUUGUUAGAGGUCACGGCACAAGAAAUAACCAGAGACCAAAAAGAGGAUGAUAGUCUCCAGCGAUGUUACGGGAACCUCGAUAGGAAAACACGGAAAUGGAGAUCGGGCGUAACGACGCACUACACUAUGAAAGGGGAUAUGUUGUUUCGGAGAUGCGAGUUUGAUUCGGGCGACGUGAUAGAUCAACUCAUCGUGCCAACAAUGUAUCGGGAGAACGUAUUAGAGUUGGCACAUGAUUCCCUUAUGUCGGGUCAUCAAGGUGUGAAGAGCACAAUUGCUCGAGUAUCAAACGACUUCUUUUGGCCCGGGAUGCAAAGCGAUGUCAAACGCUAUGUAAGAUCUUGUGACGUGUGCGAACGUACAAUUCCGAAAGGAGCUGUCAAAAGGGCACCAAUGAUACCCAUGCCCAUAAUUGAGACACCUUUCCACAGGGUAGCUAUUGACAUUAUCGGACCGAUAACACCAACGUCAUGUAAGGGCAACAGGUAUAUCCUUACGAUGGUCGACAUGGCCACCAGAUACCCUGAUGCGGUGGCGCUAAGAACGAUUGACACGCCACAUAUAGCAGAGGCACUUGUAGAGAUGUUCUCCAGGUACGGAAUACCCAAAGAGAUCUUGAGCGACCGAGGAUCUAAUUUCACUUCGGACCUCAUGAAGGAAGUCAGUCGUCUACUAUCAUUUAGGCAGUUGUUGACAACGCCAUAUCAUCCCAUGUGCAACGGACUGGUGGAGCGAUUUAAUGGAACAAUCAAACAGAUGCUCAAGAGAAUGUGUCAGGAGCGGCCCACCGACUGGGAUCGGUAUAUUCCAGCCCUGCUCUUUGCUUACAGAGGGGUACCCCAGGCCACGUUGGGAUUCGCACCCUUUGAGAUGUUAUACGGGCGGAAUGUAAGAGGCCCCUUGACUAUACUGAAAGAGUUAUGGUCAAAUGAGACUUUGGACGAAGAGUUAAAAACAUCGUAUAAGUAUGUGUUGGAACUGAAACACAAGCUAAAGAAGACGUGUGAAGUAGCACACGAGAGCGUUGGAGAAGCUCAAACAAAACAAAAAAAGUACUACGAUCGCAAGAGCCAGACAAGAAGAUUCGAACCAGGAGACUUAGUGCUCAUUCUGCUGCCAAGCGAUCGCAACAAGUUGACCAUGCAAUGGAAGGGCCCAUAUCAAGUUACCCGGCGGAAAGGAGAGGCGAACUACGAAUUGCUCGUUGGUGGAAAAAGGAAAACGUUCCACGUGAACUUGUUGCAAAAAUACGAAGAUCGCGCAUCCAAGAAUAAAAGUUGCGCUGUGAUAGUUGAUACAUACACGUCGGACGAUCUAGGAGAAAUCAGGACACCAAGUCUAAGCGAGCAACAUGGAGCACAGAGCGUGCUUAUUAACCCUAAACUAAGUCCACUACAAAAACAGAACCUGCGUGACGCGAUAACACAAUAUCAAGACAUAUUCUCCGACCUACCUGGACGAACGGACGCGCUGCAAUGUACGUUACGACUAACCACUGAAAAACCUGUGUGCGUCAGACAGUAUCCUCUGCCGUUUGCAAUUCAAGACCAAGUGGAAAAAGAAGUGUUUGUGUGCUGCCUCUUUGCCUACGUUGCUUGCGGAGUUGUUGUGGAACAGGUCCUUGUGUGCUGCCUCUUCGCCUACGUGGCUUGCGGAGUUGUUGUGGAGCAGCACCUUCCCCAGCCAUACAGUUUCGGCUUCGACAACGUCGACGAGUUCGGCACACGCAUGACCCGUCAGGAGACCGGAGACGAGUUCAACAACAAGGUCGGCUCAUACAGCUAUGUCGAUGCCCUCGGAGUCAGUCGUGUGGUGAAGUACGUGGCUGACGCCACCGGCUUCCACCCCACCGUGGAGACCAACGAGCCAGGAACCAAGACCUCAGCUCCAGCCGACGCUCCAUUCUUCUCCACCGCCGUCGAGGGUCCCCACCCGGUCGUUGUGAAGGCUGCACCAGUGGCCGCCGUUCACGCUGUGCACGCUGCUCCAGUUGCCGUGCGCGCAGUGCACGCCGCCCCGGUGGUGCACGCUGCUCCCUUCGCCUACGCCCACCAUGCUCCUCUCGCCUACGGUCUUGCGAAGCACUUCUAG